AUGUCGACUCAACAGGAUCCCAACCCUUCCAAUGAAGGCAAGCAUGAUGGCUUGUCGAAAUAUGUUAAGCGCAUGAAGAUGGCUUUGAGGAGGAGCUCGACUGUCCGGACCACCUCGCCAGUCAUGCAGAAAUCAAGAGAGCCCGAGCCAAGCCAAGCUCCCGCUCCCCAACGUAUCCCGCAGGCUCCUACCGUCAAAGCUACACCCGAUGCGACCGUUUUCACCAACUGGGGCGCCAUUCAAGAAGAGAAGGCGCGGGCUCUAUUUGCGAAAUACGGAUUGACCCUGGAGCCUGGAGAAUGGAGGUCCCCUAGCGAUACGACCGUGCAGCGUGUUGUCAGACCUAUCCGAAUGCGAGUGCGCCGUACCUGCCAUCGCUGCCAGACCACCUUUGGCCCGAACAAAGUUUGUGUCAACUGCCAGCACGUCCGCUGCAAGAGCUGCCCUCACCACCCCUCCACCAAGACCAACGACCACCGGGACGACACCCAAGCUGCCCUCCAGGCCAUUGUCGCGCAGAAACUGCACAAAACUGUCCCUGUGCAGCAUAAACCCAAGCAACCUCCUCUUACGCUGCCUUCGCGCACCGGCGGCCAGGAUGUCAUCCACCACCCGACCCGACAACGAGUCCGCCGUACAUGUCAUCAGUGUAGCACUGUGUUCGCUCCGGAUGCUACGGAAUGCAGUACUUGCCAGCAUAUUCGGUGCACAAUGUGCCCUCGCGACCCACCUAAACUCAGCAAAUACCCGCAUGGUUAUCCUGGCGAUGUCGAUGCUCCCGCAGAACCUCCUGCACGGACGUGGAAGAAGGCGCGGCAGCGAGUACGCUAUACAUGUCACAAGUGCUCGACAUUGUACCGAUCGGGAGAGAGGAAUUGCUCCGGUUGCGGGCAAGAGAAGGGACCUGAAACAAUACGAGAUCCACCUCGCCGAGACAAGCCGAAACCGGACCCCGAGAUUGUUCGACGGGUUGAAGAGCGAUUGGCAAAGGUUAGGAUCAGUACUGGGUAGAUAGUUGGCUGGUAUACAAUCAAUCUACUUCGUUUUGCAGCGCAAAUGGCAAGUCAGGCCUACACUGGCUGCCUAGCUGCGUCUGUUCACUUACGUGGUCGCACCCCUACGACAAGAAUAGCAUCUACCCUUUGCAGCUCGAUGCCACAAGGCACUGAGAUGCAACGAUGGUUGGCGGACCUAGCAUUGGUUGAAUCCCGAUGUUACUCUGUGGCACCCGGUUCUUUCCUGGUUACUCCCUGUUGUGUAAUCUUCUUGUUAUGCUUAGUUUGGACGCCGUGGCGAACCAGCUGGACGGUGGCACAAUGCCCUGCAAACUAAGCUGAGCAG